AUGCAUCAAUCUAAUGAUUUAUUGGAUUAUGAAUCAGUUGAUGAAGAACUUGAUGAUCAUAUUUGGGUGGAUGAAAAAAUCGAUAAAAAAGCUAAUAGUUAUUUUGAAGUUUUACUAGCAGCUGCUAGGAAUAAUAAUUCUUGGAAAGUUGCAAGUAGACCUAUUUAUAAUUAUGGUGAUUCUGAAAGAACAUUAAGACGAAAAAAAGCUGAACUAAAAAAAGCAGCACAAAAUACAAAAUCUAUUACUUUCUACUUAUCUUUAACCAAUUCUUUAAAGUUUAAUGUUGCUUUGACAUUUACUCAUAAAUUUUUAGCUGCAGAUGUAGCAGUGCAAUUAAUGAAGACAAAUUUGGUUGAUGAGGCUGUAGAUACAAUAGUGAUUGAUAAGGAUGGAGAUACAAUAAUAGUUGAUAAUGCUAUAGAUUCAAUAGUUGAAUCAGCAGAAAUAAAUGUGAACGAUGAUAAAGCCUAUAUAAAACGAGCAAUUGAGGAAUUAGACAAUAUGUUAGAGAAAGACAGUAAACAAAUUGAUAAAGGAACUAAGGUUCGUUUACAAGCUGCAUUGCAAUAUUUGCGUUUGAGAUAUCAAGGUUGGACCAAAAUAAAUUCAAGUGUGACAAUUGCUGGGUCAUUAGGCUGGGGAGCUUACAAAACAAGGUGUAUUCGCAUUGAAAAAAAAACAACUAUAAGUGAAAGGACUGCAUUAGAAUGGCUUAAAAAAUUAGGAUGGAGUUAUAAGGAAUGGAAAAAGGAUGUAUAUGUAGAUGGGCAUGAACGGAAGGAUAUAAAUAAUUUAACAUUAGUUAAAAAAAAUAUUUCUCUUAAUCAAAAACCACAUUGUAUAAUAACACAUAAUGAGACAACAUUAGCCGCUAAUGAUAAUAAAAAAACUGGAUGGGGGCCUGGAGGUGAACAAAAAUUACAUCCAAAGGGACAAGGCAGGUAUAUUCAUGUUAGUGAAUUUUUAUGUGAACCUUUGGGACAUGUUUAUUUAACUGUAGAGCAACAUUUAGCCCACUCAGAAAUUCCAAAUAGAUAUGUUACAGAGACACUUGAAGUUGGUGUAAACCACGAUGAAAACAAAGAAAAGAUCUGUUGUAACAUGAGAAAAUUAGCAAGACAGCCAGAUUUUAUAGAACAAAAAAAUGUUCUUGAAGACAUUGU